UAUGAGGAGCUUAGACAUUGUCACGAUGUUGGUGAUGAAAGGAUUUUUCUUCUCCUUUUCGACCUUUCUGCCCAGCGAAGCCACCAUCAAACAGGACCAUCACGACCCGUCUUCUUCUCGCCCAGUCUAACUACGAGUCCGGCGUCUGGCAUGGGUGGAGCGGUGGUGCCUGGAACAAAGAAAACCUCACCUCUACCUUCCACUCGACUUUCACAUCAACGUAAUGAAGUUCUGUCUCCUAUGUACCAGCUGCCAAAAUUUGUGAAUUCCCCACCUCGAAAUCUCGAGAUGUCGCCAAAGCAGAAGGCCAGACUGGACGAAUUGCGACUCGAGAAGGCGAAUUGUGAACAAUUCCGACGGAAGAAUAAUCAACUGGGUAUGCUUUGUCCUGCAUGA